AAAAUGGAUGUGCUAGUCCCGAGAUUUGAAAUUCAUGCUGGUGCGCAAUAUUCCAGAGUCAUAAAAAUAGAACAAUAAAGAAAAGGAAUAAGAACAAACUUUAGAGUCAGUGAUGGAUGUACAACAUAUGUCACACGUGUUGUGAUUCUUUACGUGAGUAUGCUUCGAGGCGGCUGUGGUCACCGUACUUAACUGACUGUUUUCAUUGAUUUCGAUCACGGGCCGGUUCGGAAUCGUGAAGGAGCUGCACAGAAACGGGUGCUACUUUCAACGUGUCUGUAGUUCAAGUGCCACCGUUCCCCGACAAGACUGUCAUCUGCUUAUUGACGUUGUGAGUUCCAUCAUUGACACCGGAGAUCAUAAGGAGAAAAUGAAUCUGGAUAGAAGAGAGGAGCAAAUGGCUCAGCAUCUGCAGAACGACAUGUCUGAAACAGAGGUAUUUUGGAAAGGUAACAGCGAGAAGGAAUCAACCAAUCACUCGGGAGGGCAUGAAUCUGAAUUUGCAGAUCUGGAGUACUUGAGAGGAUUUGGAAAUCACUUCACAACUGAGGCCUUGAAGGGAGCUUUGCCUGAAGGACAAAACAGUCCUUUGAAUUGUCCAUACGGGCUGUACGCCGAACAGAUAUCUGGCACCGCCUUCACAGUUCCUCGGAAAUAUAACCAGAAGAGCUGGCUGUAUCGCAUAAAGCCGUCUGUGACUCAUGAGCCCUUCUGUCCGCGACAACCUGCCCACGAAAAUCUCAUGAGCGAUUUUACCGAUUCGUCAAAUUCUACUGUUACGCCCACUCAAUUGCGAUGGAAACCUGAGGACAUUCCCGAAGUUAAAACAGACUUCAUAGAUGGGUUGUUCACUAUUUGUGGAGCCGGGAGCCCAUUUCUUCGACAUGGAUAUGCUGUUCACAUGUAUGCAGCCAACGCAUCCAUGGAAAAUUGUGCCUUGGCAAACGCAGAUGGUGAUUUUCUUAUCGUUCCACAGCAAGGAAGAUUGUGGAUUAAAACUGAAAGCGGAAAACUGCAAGUCUCUCCAGGGGAGGUAGUUGUACUACCGCAUGGUUUUCGAUUUUCAAUUGCAUUGCCAGAUGGACCUUCUCGGGGUUAUAUUGUGGAGGUUUACAGUGGCCAUUUUCAGCUUCCGGAUCUGGGGCCAAUAGGAGCAAAUGGUUUAGCAGAGCCGAGAGAUUUCCUUACACCAGUGGCAUGGUUCGAGGACGAAAAUAUUUCUGGUUAUACCAUCAUCCACAAAUUUGGUGGACAACUCUUUCAGAGCAAACAAGACUUCUCGCCUUUUAACGUUGUUGCCUGGCAGGGUAACUAUGCACCUUAUAAGUAUGAUUUGAGGAAGUUUUGUCCUUUCAAUACAGUCCUCUUCGACCAUGCAGAUCCUUGUAUAAAUACAGUCUUAACGGUGCCAUCUGAAAAACCUGGAGUAGCUGUUGUGGACUUGGUAGUAUUUCCACCUCGCUGGCUCGUGGCAGAGCAUACUUUCCGGCCUCCAUAUUUCCAUCGCAAUUGCAUGAGUGAAUUCAUGGGUCUUAUCUGUGGAACCUAUGAGGGCAAAGCAGACGGAUUUCUACCUGGAGGUGGUAGCUUGCACAACUGUAUGAGUCCUCACGGUGUAGAUACUCCUACUUACGAGAAAGCGAUUUCAGAAGAACCGAGGCCAUCGAAGAUUGAAGGAGAUACUCUUGCGUUCAUGUUUGAAUCAUGUUUGAUACCUCGAGUGACGUUUCGAGCUAUGGAUUCUCCUAAGCGCGAUCUCGAUUAUUACAAAGGGUGGAUUGGUCUGCGUUCGCAUUUUGAUCGCAAUAAUACUCCUGAAGGCGUUCGAAGAUGUACAUGAGGAUAUGACGAGGUUAUGCUCUGGAAUCUGUACAUAUCGUCAUAUGUAGUGUAAAGUCAUACUAGAAUUAGUUCCUGAUUCUGAUAACAUAAAUUCACUGUUAACUGUUUAGUUUGUAAAUAUCAUUUAAAUGUAUUGUAAGAAUCAAGCUCAUAAUGUUGUCGAUCACUACUUCUGGUUAGUACUAGUCCUGGCUGUCUUACUGAGAACGGAGAUACGUGUUGUAGUGCAUAAUACUCAGAGCGUCAGCGACAUAAGGAAGAACUGAGCUACAUAUAUUGUGGUGUCUCUCAUGCUUUAGUUCUUGAUAUAGUACAUAAAACCUUGAUAAGGACAUUCUAGCAUUUCUGUAUCACCGUUAUUGUAUCUUAUGUGCCUCAAUGCUCCCCAUUUUGCUCUUUUCGUCUAGUCCAUACUUCACGUAGCCUUAUUGCGAAUCAUCCAAAAUACGUACAAUGCCUGUCGAUACAUAUGAUUAUUGGUAUUUUAUACAAUCUCAUUCCGGAAAGCUUGUAUGUAUGUAUGUAAGGGCAUAUUGCUAGGUAUGGUCGGAUUUGUUUUAGCCGAUAAGUUUUUGGUUUGGACGGAUGGAUUUGGUAUUAUUAAGAAAACGAUGGAAGUAAGAUAAAACGAACUGGUAAAGGGUUAUUAGAACUGAGGUGUCCAUAAGAAUAGACCUCGAUGGAUUACCCUAUGGAGUUGUUGAGAAUGUGCCAGGAUCAGACUGUCGAGAGCUGGUAGAAACAUGAUGUUGGGACAGACAGAUGUCGGCGCGGAGGAAGGUGCCAAUGUGGAGAAUUGUGCUUCUCAUCUUUAUUACAGAUUGGACUCCAGCCCAAUUGUUGAGGUUGAAGACUUUGGGAGCAGCGUUUUUUCAUGGCUGAAGUACUACGUGUGCCUGGAGUUGUCCAAAUAAGUGCGAUGAGAGAGAAAGGUUUCAGCGAAGGAAACAGAUGAAACCAGAUGCAUUGCAAGUGAUCAUGGACAAAAGCGCCGGGCCAAAAAAAAGGAGAACUCGAAGGUCGAGUUGACUAGGGUUUAGGGUUAGGGUUUAGGGUUAGGCAUUGCACAUGUAAUCGAUUUUGAUGAGGUCAAAUGGUUCACAAAUACGAGAGAUAGUGGACAAUUGGUUACAGAUUGAUGUGAAUAAAGAUGUGUUUGCGAAAAGCAUCGUGGAUAUGUUUUGAAUUAGUUGUUCUAGUGGGAGGUACGAAAGAUGUCUAUAUGGAUAAGAUGGGGAUAGAAGGGUUUCGUAAGAUAACCCUUUCAGACCAAGCGGGGGAAUAUAUUUGCGAAGAACGGGCAAGCACUUGGUUUUGUCUAAGCCGGAGGAUCAUUUGCUUGGCACAUUCAAGCAUUUUGUAGUGCAUAUUGGCAUGAAUGCGCACUUGGUUGAAAGACACGAGAAUAGUUCAAUACAUAGGGUUCUAAACAACGAAUGCGUUUGCAAGGUUGGAGUGGUU